AUGCGUAGAUUUGUAUAUUUUGCCUGAUGCACAAACCAUAUGUGUUGAACAGAUCUAAUGAGAAUGGUAUACAAAUCAUAUGAAAUGCACAAACGGGUGAAUUGCCAUUCUUUUUUUUACGCCCGGAGCGUCUUUUUGCGCAUGUGUCUCCAGUCUGUUGUUUAAAUUUCUUACGGACCGCUUAAACCCAGGGGGUGGGGACAAAGUGUAAUAUAUUCGGGAUAAAAUCGUCAGACUGAUGAUUGCAUACUUCACAUGUGUGCCUGGUGACCCCUUGCGCAUCAGGUGGACCCCAGAUGCAUUUCCGUUGAGCACCGAUGAUCAAGCGACCUCACACACUCGUAUUUACCUGUGGCAUCCAGAGUUUAACAUAUCACUGCACCUGAAACUCUGGAAGCGCACUGCACAUAACGGGACCAAACCGACCUUACCUUCCUGUAAUGCUGGAGUGUAAAACUCAAAAACUGACACUGUGAUACUGCCAAUGUUGCCAUGUAAAACUAUACAUGUAACACUUAAAGUUUUUAAACUAGACUGUUCUGUUGAAUAUAAAAACAAAUAGUGAUUUUAUAGAUUUUCUAUAAAUGAAGUAACACAUAGUACCUCAACAUAAGCCUUUGUACAAAUACACACAAAUACACUCAUGCUGACCACCAUGACGUACCGCAUGCCAAACUUCACUCUGGAGCAAAAGCUUUUCCUGCUUCGGAGAAUCCAUGCGGUGGUGGACACAGUCCAGGACUUUCGGAAAGACACCAACACUACUGUGCACCGGAACGCUGUAUGGGCAGAGCUGGCUCAGGCCUUCAAUUCGGCGUUCCCUAGUCGACCCCCCAGCAGCAUCGGGUCUCUGAAGACGCUGUGGAAACGACUGAAGGUGGAAUGUCGUGUAGCGCUGCAGAAGAGACAGGAACAGCAGGCUGCUGGGCUUCCUGUGUCUGCCCUCACUCAGGUGCAGAGAGAAGUCAUUGCCCUGGUGCCAAACCUGAUCUCCUGUCUGGAGGAGGUAGAUGGAGAUGGCAGCUAUGCCUCAGUUAGGGGCGGCUCACCUGGAGCAGUGAUGGGGCUUUCAGGCUCUAAUGGGAGUGAGCAUGAAGAUGCUGACCACAGUCAAAAUGAUGAAGUAGACAGCAAGGAGAACUUAGCCAUUGAACUUGGUUUGGCUUCACCUUCUCACCUACUUUUCAACUCUGGGAUUCCUCCUGGCACUGUGUCCUCUCCUCUCUGCUCACAUUCAGUCUCUUCCAGGUCCAGUCGUCCCUCCCUCAUCUACCCAACCCAUGCAGGAAGCACCUCAGGGCUGGCAUCAGGGACUAGGGGUGCAAACUUUGAGAUCAUACACAGAGAGCCUGCGGGGCCCCGUGCUCCUGCCAGAGGAUCGGUUGAGAAUUCAUUGCCGCCGAUGGACUCUUAUACCUCAGACUCAAAAUGGGAGUCACGUCGACAGGAACUGUUGGAGCUGGAGCAUCAGCAGACGAUGAGUCUGUUGCUGCUGCAGCAGUGUGUGUGGGAGGAGAAGAGGAAAGCAGUGAGACAGAAAGAGAAGGCGGCACGGGCCAAGAAGAGAUAUUAUCAAGCCAAACUACGGAAGAUAGGCGCGGAUUAUCUGCCCUCCAGUAGCGACAGCGAGGAAAACGAACAUCCACAGACAUGAACACAGAUGUUUAUGACAUCUUAGCUAUUUUUACUUUCAUUUGGAAAGUCAUUUUUUUAUUCUAUCAAUGUUGUUUAUUUACAAAACAAUAUAUUUUUUAAACUUAAUUGGUGUUUAGGAAUGUACCAUGUGUAUCAUAUGGAGGGGGAAUUCACUCAAGCAGGCUUCGUUCCAGUAGCAGAUAGAAAUCUCAUCUCCUUUUAUCCUCUCUCUCUCAUCAACACUGGUGCUGCAUUCCAUUCAGUCAAAAGUCGGAUAUUUCUACUUAAAGGGACCAAAAUUCAUCAUUUACUGACCCUCAUGUAUUUCCAAACUGUUUGAGACUUACUUUCUUCUUUUAAACACAAAUAAUAUAUUUUAAAAAGGGUAUAGUUUGUCCUUAAAAUGAAAGUAAAUCAGGUCCUGUGUUAUUUUGGACCCCAUUGACUUUCACUGUAUGGACAAAAACAAUUUCUCAAAAUA